GGAAACCAGCAGAAGGGGAAUGCGUUCAACCUCCGACUGGCGUUACAUGGGAAAGACACGGAAAUGCUGUGAAGCUGUCAGGCCCACCUGAGCCAUGGGGCACCCUGUGUCCCUUCCACUGGCUGCUCCCUCCCUCCUCCCUCAGCACGCCUUCUCCUGGGCUCCUGCUUCACAGGGCCAAGGUCCUAGAGGUCAGUUCUGUGUGUUUGGGAAUGUUAAGUGACUUCUGGCCUUUGGAGCGAUGAGGGCUGGUGCCCAGGCAGGAACUGGGUCCUAGAGAGCUGGAGAGACUGUACCUAGAGCAAAGUCUUUGCGCAAGCCUGAGUGGGUGGGGUGGCAGCAGGCUGUAAGUAGCAUUAAGGAUCUGAGUGAGCUAGGCAAGCUAGAGCAGAGGCAGGAGGAGCAGCAGCAUGGCAGGGCUUCGUGUCCGCUCCGCUCUGGUCACUGGGGCCAAUCGAGGAAUCGGCCUGGGAAUUGUCAAGCAGCUCCUGCAGAUGCCAAACCCACCCGAGUGGGUCUUUGCAGCCUGCCGGGACCCCAAGGGAGAGCGAGCACAGGAGUUACAGCAUUUGGCCUCCAAGCACGCCAACCUGGUCAUCAUCCCGCUUGAAGUCACUGACCCCACCAGCAUCCAGGCAGCUGCAGGCAGAGUCAGGGAGCACCUGAAGGACUCUGGGCUGAACCUCCUCAUCAACAACGCUGGCAUUGCAAAUCCAAGCUCUUUGGAUACUGAGACUGUGGAGAACAUGUCCCAGGUGUAUGCCACCAACACGACUGGGCCCCUGCUGGUGAGCCAGGCAUUCCUGCCCUUGCUGAAGAAGGCUGCCCAGGGAAGCUCGAGCUCUGAGCUGAGCUGCAGCAAGGCAGCCAUCAUCAACAUGUCCAGUAUUGCUGGCUCCAUAGAGGAAAUACGUUUAUCGGAAAAUGUGCAAUAUAUCUCAUACCGCUGCAGCAAGGCUGCUCUGAACAUGCUCACCAAGUGCCAGUCCUUGGGGUACCGGCAACACGGCAUCCUCUGUGCUGCUCUCCACCCUGGCUGGGUGCAAACGGACAUGGGGAGCUCAGCUGGACACAAGCCCCCACUGACGGUGGACGUGAGCGUACAAGGAAUGCUGAAUGUGCUCUGCUCCCUCUCCGAGAAGGACACAGGGACUUUCCUGGACUGGGAAGGGAAAGUAGUGCACUGGUGA